UAUUCAGAGCCCAUUUGGUCAUCAUCAAUUAUAAAGGCCCAUAUUCAAAACCCUAGUUUUCUUCUACGAGUACCAACUUAAACAACCAGUCGCAAGAGUAUUCGGUACCCGAAGCAGCCAUGGGGAUCGAUCUAAAGGCAGGAGGUAAGAGCAAAAAGUCGAAGAGAACAGCACCUAAGUCCAAUGAUAUCUAUCUCAAGCUCUUGGUCAAGCUCUAUCGGUUCCUUGUUCGGAGAACUGGCAGCAAUUUCAAUGCUGUUAUUCUCAAGAGGUUGUUCAUGAGCAAGGUUAACAAGCCUCCACUAUCUUUGUCAAGGUUGAUCAAGUACACAAAGGGGAAGGAAGGUAAGAUUGCUGUGGUGGUGGGAGCCAUAACUGACGAUAUCCGUGUUUAUGAAGUUCCAGCCAUAAAGGUUACAGCACUCAGGUUUACAGAGACCGCUAGGGCAAGAAUCGAAAAGGCUGGCGGUGAAUGCUUGACUUUUGAUCAGUUGGCUCUCAGGGCCCCUCUUGGACAGAACACUGUUCUUCUUAGAGGCCCAAAGAAUGCCCGUGAAGCUGUGAAGCACUUUGGUCCUGCUCCUGGUGUGCCACACAGCCACACAAAGCCUUAUGUUAGAGCCAAGGGAAGGAAGUUCGAGAAGGCCAGAGGAAAGAGGAACAGCAGAGGAUUCAGAGUUUGAUGUGAUCAUAUUUAUUUGCUGGUAUUGUUAACUUCUGAUAUCAGAUUUUUCCUAUAUCUAGACAGUGUUGCUAUUUAUGUUAAUGAUUUUCAAUAUGGAGUUUACUCCCCACCUUCUUAUUUUCCGUGGAAUUGUUUUGUGUAUGUUACAAUUCAGUUUUGAUUUUAGAGAAUGGUAAUUGUUAUUUACAUGAUACAUGCCUGUUUGUUGUGAAUUCAAACA